CUUGAGGCUUGUUUGGUCUUGCUUGGCAGGAGCUACUGAACCUCGCGCUCAUCGUCUGCACGCUUCUGCGCGUCGUCUGCCUCGUUCCACAAAAAUCUCUGCCCAUCAUGCCUCCGCCGAAGUCAAAAGGCGGCAAAAUGCUCAGCCUCAUCAACUGGAGGCUCAAGGUCACGAUCAACGAUGGCCGCGCGUUCGUUGGCCAAAUGCUCGCCUUCGACCGCCACAUGAACCUCGUUCUCGCCGAGUGUGAAGAGUUCCGUCGUGUCCGUCCAAAAAAGAAGCCUGGAGAGACCGAGGCGGGCCCGAUGCAGGAGAUGAAGCGGACGCUUGGUUUGGUGAUUCUUCGCGGCGAAACCGUCGUCAGUCUGAGUGUGGAGGGACCGCCACCUGUUACGGAUGACGACAAGAAGAACGUCUUACCGUUUGGUCCUGGGAGAGGGGCGCCUGCAGGUCGUGGCAUGGGCCUCUUGCCUCCAGGUGGCCCUCCAGGUAUCGCAAGACCGCCCAUGCCAUUCGCGCCUCCUGGUAUGCCUGGUGCGCCACCCCCUGGCUUCCGUCCUCCUGGUUUCGCUGGCGGCCCGCCGGGUAUGCCCUUCCCCCCACCUCCUGGAUUUGGUGGCCCUCCGCCUGGCUUCCAGCCUCCCCCGCAGUAAAACCGUGUAUUUUUUAGCCAGUCCAUGGCGUUGUACUCUUUGUUUCUUGUCCUUCUCGAUCGAUGCUAUCUCCC